CCAGUGAAGUGCUCGAAAAUGAAGAGAAAAGUGUCCAGAUUAAGACCGAGUCCCAACGAAGAGGCUCGGAUAAUACGAGAGGAGCAGGAAAGGAGGAGAAAACUGCGGAUACAGCAGGU